AUGACGCUCAGUAUCUCGAUUGAUCCAGACCACGGUUCGGACCAGUUUUAUUCCUCCGAGGACGAGGAUUCGUCUGGUGUACAUGUUACAGCACCUUCAGUGGGAAGUCAUGAGUACCAAGAUUAUGAUGAGUGGGCGCAUUUGCCUUAUCCGGAUGAAUUGAAACCAUCUGAUUCAGCCUCCCGACCAAGAACUUCGCACCGCAGUCGUCCCCCCCACGGUUCACGAUCCGCUUCGGGCCGUCGCCCAACGUCACGACGUAUGGUUUCAGAACAACAGUCAUUCGCCCCUCGAGGCCGAAGACACCCAUCGCCAGAUUCUCCCGAAAGUGACUCCGCCGAUGAAUAUCCUCAUCAUGGUCGCCCAACCGAUCGAAGGGCAUGGCAACAACCAAUGCCACCCGGUUACCCCCCUAGUCAGUCCACUGGUCCAUCCUAUAACCCCGUCUACCCUCCUCAACCCGGUCACCCCCCGUACCACAAUGCCCCAGUCACUUCGGAUCUCAUGAGAAUCGGUAACGCCCAACCGAAUCCUUAUGGCGCUCCCCCGUAUGGGUAUCAACCUCAAUUUCCCCAUGGCUCUCAGCAUUUCCCCCCGAUCAAGCUCAACCACAUCAACGCCAUGCGCUUCGCCAACAUCUGCACAAUCCAAUGCAGCCGCCGAUGCCUCACCCGAUGGCACCUCACGGCCCUACCUCGCCAUAUAUGGGGGAUAUCCCCAUCAUGA